GCCAGAAAGAGCAAUUGCCACAGUCCGCCGUGGUCCAACCGUUCUGUAAUCUUAUUGUUAAUGUCCAAAGCUGCUUCACACUGUCCUCUGAGGAAUGAGGAGCAAGACUAACAACAAAAAAAUACUGUCGCGUCUCGCCUCAAUUCAAUCCAGCGAUCAGAAUCUGGUCUAAAAACUUGGACCUUUCACAGCUGAAUGGAGCAGCAGCCGGGGCUAUGUAGCUUCACCCCAGGGUGCCAGGCUGGAGUCUCCACCGGUCAGCCAACCAUGCGUUUGUCCAUCACCUCGACCGCGGGCAGCCCAGUGGAGAUCACUGUCCCCCGGGGAGAGACUGUGGAGGGACUGAGGACACACAUCUCGCACAAACUCAGGCUGCAGACAGACAGAAUCGUCCUCCUGUAUAGAGACAAGCAGCUAACCGCAGGCCAACUGUUGGACCUGGGUGUAACAGAUGGAAGCAAGCUGACCCUGGUCCCUGCCAUUGAAGCUGGUUUAGUGUGCUCCACUGCCAGAGCUGAGAGAACUAUGAUGGACGUCUUAGAAAGUUUAACAGAAGUCCAGAUCAGUGACUUCCUGUCUGGGCACUCACCUCUGACCAUUAAACUGGGAAUUGGUGCCCACAUGAUGUAUGUGCAGCUUGAACUGUCUGCGCAGAAUGUGGCGGAGCUGCAGCGCCAGCACGGGGACUUGAGCAGCAACCUUCAAACUGGCCUGCCCACUGCUGCCAGGAUGAGCCCCCCUGACUCCUCCAACAAGACCACAGGAUCCCCCUCCCAAACCUCUACUCGAGCCCCGGACUCUACAUCCGUGAUCCAAUUGAGUGCUCAAAGACCCAAAACUUCCUUGAACUCAACAGCUCCCGGCUCCCACUCACUCACCACUGCCCUUCCACAUCGAUCCUGUCCGCCCCACUCUACACACACAUCCUCUCCUGUGCUUUCCACCCCUUCUUUGCCUUCUGGUUGUCCACAUCCCAGCAGUCCACAACCAGCAGCCACACCAUUCUGUUCCCCUGCUCCCACCGGCUCCAUUCCUGGACCCCGGAGCCCGGCGUCAGCUUCAACCCUCGAAGAGAGUAAUGUUCAUGCCUCAUCCACUGCAGAGCUGAGCAAGCAGCCAGGAGCAGUCAUAGAAAGUUUUGUGAGCCCCUCACCAGGUGUCUUCUCCGGGACUUUCUCUGGCACUCUGGCCCCGUGCAGUCAGAGCGGCUUCAGCCAUCCUCGGCGUGGCAUCGCCAUCAUUCUCCAGAUCUUCAACGACCUCCUCAGAGCUGCCUACCACCACCAGGGGGCUCAGCCUACCCCUCCUCAUCAUCCCCAACAACCUGAUUCAAACCCUCCAGCCAGCCUGCUGCUCUCAGCGAAGGAGGGGCCAAGCAAAGCAAAGAGCAAAACAGUGGGGACCCAGAGGACAGACCACCUCAGUAAAACUCCAGGUGAGGAGAGUCACCUGACCUGCCCACCCACGCAGGAAAAUCAAACAUUACACUGUAAGCUGGAGCGCUUGCAGUUUUUGAUGCAUCAGAGGCGUCUUCGCAGGCGAACUCGGAGGCACUCGCAAGCGUCUCACCCGUACCAGCACCAUCGCCCUCGUCCCUAGUCUCCUGCAUGGGAGAGAUCCACUCACUGUGAUAGCAGGGGCUGCUUUCUGGUGACUAGAAGGAACCAGUUUAGCAACCAAAGCUGACCUCUUAACUCGUGGAACAGGUGAAAGAGCAGCAGAGUGACCUCAAAUGCUUUGGGGCUAUUUUGACAGAUAAGAAUUUCUGAAGAAUGUAAGACCAAAAGGUCCAAGGAGUCUGAUUCCUGUGGCUGUCACUGUGCUGAGCAUGUUAUUUCAUCUGAGUCUGUCAGUGACAAUGGCUCACAUUGUUAUGUAGCAUAUGUCAUAAAAGGGUCCAAUGUGCAUUUUUAUGUUAUACAUCUUGGUGUUUUGUACAAAGACCUAUUACCGUAUGUCUGUUUACGUACUGCAAUGCCUUAAAUGUACAUGUCUUGGAUGUAAACUACGUAUUGUUCUGUGCUGAGGAUGUUCCUAUGAAAUGUUUCAGGAUUACUAAUAUUAAACACAAGGAAGGCAAAAAAAGAAUAUGGGAAUACCAAGGAAAACGUGGGAUAUUUCCGUUCCCGUUUUUAGACCUGGAACACCUAAAAUUGCUGUUUUCAUCUUCCUCUUAAUUGAUACCCUUUUGUCAUUCAGACAUUGCCGUCUUUUACAUUAAAUUUCCUUACAUUCAGGCAUGACAUGUGACAUUUUACUGUAAGGAGAUGGAUUAAUGAGGCAAAACUGAAGUUACAGUCUUGCUUUGGACUAAUUGUCAUGGUUUUUGAGGCUGCAGUUUAAGACGUAGAUGAACUCACAGAUACUGUGACGUGUUAUACCAGGCCAAGAAGGAGGCCUACAGAAGUGGGGGAAUCCUGAAGAACCAAGUCAGAAACAUACUGACAAAGGAGAUCAGAAUAACAAAGAGAAGUACCCUGAAAAGCCUCUCAGCCAGUGAGCCUGCAGGACAUUACCAGCUACAGGAAACCAUCCCCCCCAUUGUGGAAAACCAUCAACUGGCUGACGACCGGAAUGUGUUUCACUGCAGGUUUGAUAAGCGAACAUUCACACCCCUCACCCGCUCCGAGUCAUAGAUACAUAACAC